CCGUAAGCAACUUGGAAAACGAGCAAGACCGUACACGAUCUCACUUCCCCUCCUCUUCAUCUCAUCUCGCCGCCGCCGCCGCGCAGACCGCGGCCGCGAGAAAGCCAUGAAGAAGACCAAGUCGUCGGCCGCAGCGGCAGGUAGGCAGCCGCACGCGCAGAACGGCCACGUUCUCCCCUCCAAGCUCGCCAAGUACCUCGAUCCCGAGGCCUCCUGGGACAAGGAUCAAUUACUGGACGCGGUGCACUGGAUCCGGCAGGUCUUGGGGCUCGUCUGCGGCCUGCUCUGGGGAGCCGUCCCCCUCGUCGGUGCCGUUUGGAUCGCCCUAUUUCUGACUAUCUCUACUGGUAUCGUUUAUUGGUAUUAUGCUUACUUGUUGAAGAUCGAUGAGGAAGACUUCGGAGGUCAUGGUGCGAUACUUCAGGAGGGGCUCUUUGCCUCUUUCACCCUUUUCCUGCUCUCAUGGAUCCUAGUAUACAGCCUGGCUCACUUCUGAGAAGCCCCUCCGUUGAAGUACGGCAGGCAACUUUUGACGAUCAUGCCAUUUCCCGCUUCCGUUGUAAUUUUGAUAGCCUUGAUUCAAUCAAAGUACGUCUAGGGCAUCGCAUGUGGCACUGAAACUGCUCAUCUGAAAUUAUAGAUUGUUGGAACAGGGAGUUGGUAA